CAUCGCCAGGUUUUUAGACGACGCUGGUAUGAAAUGGCAGAAACUGUUUGUGUCACGGAAGCACAAAGAUUAGGUUCCGUCCAGGCUACACAUGUUUCUACACAUGAUCCCGGCCUGCUAGUGUGACGGAAACGGGACAGUAUCCGCAGGAAAAAAGGGAUUAAAGAGCCGUUUUUCUCCACAAAAACACGUCCGGGUUGAGAGUCUCCAGCAGCGGAGAGACGGAGCCUGACUGCGGCUCGAACCGUGUGAUCUAACCGAGAGGGCUGAGAGCAGAGCUCCUGGUGGAUGCUCAUCAUAGCGUUCGUCCAAGGCUUCACCAUGAACCGGAACAAGCGUGAGAAGGAGUACUACAGUAUAGAUGUGGGGGACUCCACCUUCAUGGUUUUAAAGCGCUACCAGAACCUCAGACCCAUCGGAUCAGGAGCUCAGGGAAUCGUCUGUUCAGCGUAUGACCAUAACUUGGAGAGGAACGUGGCCAUCAAGAAGCUGAGUCGGCCGUUUCAGAACCAAACUCAUGCAAAGCGAGCCUACAGGGAGCUGGUGCUGAUGAAAUGUGUCAACCACAAGAACAUAAUCGGUCUAUUAAAUGUUUUCACACCACAGAAGACACUGGAAGAGUUCCAAGACGUGUACCUGGUGAUGGAGCUGAUGGAUGCUAACCUGUGUCAGGUGAUCCAGAUGGAGCUGGACCAUGAGAGGCUCUCCUACCUGCUCUACCAGAUGCUCUGUGGCAUCAAACACCUGCACGCUGCCGGCAUCAUCCACAGGGACCUGAAGCCCAGCAACAUCGUGGUGAAGUCUGACUGCACACUGAAGAUCCUGGACUUCGGCCUGGCCCGGACCGCCGCCACCGGCCUCCUCAUGACGCCCUACGUGGUCACCCGCUACUACCGCGCCCCGGAGGUGAUCCUGGGCAUGGGCUACCAGGCCAAUGUGGAUAUUUGGGCUGUGGGCUGCAUUAUGGCAGAAAUGGUUCGCCACAAAAUCCUUUUUCCAGGAAGGGAUUAUAUCGACCAGUGGAACAAGGUGAUCGAGCAGCUGGGAACGCCGUCGCAGGAGUUCCUGCUGAAGCUGAACCAGUCGGUGAGAACCUACGUGGAGAACCGGCCUCGCUACGCCGGCUACAGCUUCGAGAAGCUCUUCCCAGACGUCCUGUUUCCUGCAGACUCUGAACACAACAAACUGAAAGCGAGCCAGGCCAGAGACCUCCUGUCCAAGAUGCUGGUCAUAGACGCGUCGAAGCGGAUCUCAGUGGACGAAGCUCUGCAGCAUCCUUACAUCAACGUGUGGUACGACCCCACUGAAGUGGAAGCACCGCCACCAGCGAUCACAGACAAACAGCUGGAUGAGAGAGAGCACACAGUGGAGGAGUGGAAAGAGUUGAUAUAUAAAGAAGUGUUGGACUGGGAAGAAAGGACGAAGAACGGAGUGAUCAGGGGACAGUCAGCCUCCAUAGGUGCAACAGUGAGCAGCAGCACCUCCUCACCUCCUCCUGCACCUCCUCCUACCUCCUCCGUCAACCACGUCUCCUCCAUGUCCACCAACCCGACACUGACAGCAGCCUGGAGAUGGCCGCCACCGCCACCGCUGCUCCAACCCCGGGCCCCGGGCCGCCGCUACAGCCCCCGGCUGCUGCAGAUGACUAUCACGUACACCUCCUGGUCACAUCCAAGACCACUGGCCCCGCCCCCUUGGCUCCUGGCCCCGCCCCCGGGCUCCAAGCCCCGCCCCUUCCCCAACCUCCUGUCUGUGCUUGUCUUCAGUAGUGUAGCGAUUAGCAAGCUAGCUGUUUGAGAAAACUUUUGAUUUCUGAAAAGGACAGAUCCUUUUUUUUCUGUUUUUGUUUUUUUUUUCUUACAAUUAUAGUCUUUUUUUUUUUUUUUUAAUUAGGAUUUCUUUACGUUUGAGUCCUAGCUGUAAUUUAUUGUGGCAUUUCUUAAUGUUUUCAGAAACCUAAGAUGAUAAGAGAAUUUUUAUGAUUUCACUACGUUACGGUUUGUAUUAACCGACAGUGAGAAUUGAAAGAAAUAUCUGUAAAAUGUUUUAAUGUGAUCUAUUUUUCUGUUGAAAGUCAUUUUGUUUUCACUUGUAAGCUACUGCUUUUACAACUCGCCAUAUAAAUGUAGAUUGAGUUUG